AUGUUCGGCACCUCCCCUGGAAAAGACGACGAAGUUGCUGUUAACGAGGGUGCUGCGGUCAACGACCCACGAGGACCUGCGCCAGCUGCUUCGGUAAACGACUCAGCUAUGGGAGGAGCGCCCGCCGGUAAUGGACUGGACCGCAAAGCCAGCGAUGCUUCGAGCCCUAACACGGAGAAGAAGCGACGGAGUAGCGGUGUAUCGCGUGCAAGAGAUAUGUUCUCAAGCGCAAAGCAGUCACUACACCUGAGCGCUAACCCUAAUGCUGCCCCUCCGCCUGGUUCUUCGCCAGCGAAGGCAGAGACGCCCAUCCAGAAGCUUGGAAAAUCCGAUGCGGCACUCAGCGUUCCCCAGGGCUCCCUCAACAACUCUGCUGGCGAGUCUGCACCUACACCGCGGUCGACGUUCCGAGUUGGUGUGACAGAAGACAAGAACAAGAAAUGCAGGCGGACGAUGGAGGAUACACACGCAUAUCUAUACAACUUCUUAAGCACACCUGCCCCUUCUUUCGGCGGCGAGAAGAGGGGCUCGACGUCUGAUGCUGGCUUUGUACAGUCUGAGGUCACCGGUCAGCAAGUCGCCGAGACUGACAAUGGAUACUUUGCUAUUUUCGAUGGCCACGCUGGAACCUUCGCUGCCGACUGGUGUGGAAAGAAACUUCAUUUGAUCCUGGAGGAGACCAUCAAGAAGAAUCCCAACACACCCAUUCCUGAGUUGCUCGAUCAGACUUUCACAACGGUCGACAACCAACUCGAAAAGCUACCUCUCAAGAACAGUGGAUGCACCGCAGUCACCGCAGUUCUGAGAUGGGAAGACCGAGUGCCUAACGCUCAGUCUUCUACCGGCUCUGUUCUCUUCGCUCCUGCCGCAGCGUCAGCUAUCAAGAAUGAGGGCGGAGAAAGCGUCCAGGUGGAAUCUGCUGAGGCACAUGCGGUGGCAGACCGGUUACAAAGCGAGGCUAGUCGUCAACGAGUGCUAUACACAGCCAACGUUGGAGACGCACGUAUUGUUCUUUGCAGAAACGGCAGGGCCCUUCGUCUCUCUUACGACCACAAGGGUAGUGACGAGAACGAAGGACGCCGCGUGGCCAGCGCCGGUGGAUUGAUCCUCAACAAUCGCGUUAACGGCGUACUUGCUGUCACGCGAGCACUUGGCGAUGCUUAUAUGAAGGACCUGGUCACUGGCCACCCUUACACUACAGAGACUGUGAUCCAAGCAGAUCAGGAUGAGUUCCUGAUCCUGGCUUGCGAUGGUCUCUGGGACGUCUGCACCGACCAGGAGGCUGUUGAUCUUGUUCGCCAGAUUCAGGACCCACAAGAGGCGUCCAAGAAGCUUGUUGACUACGCUCUGGCACGUUUCUCGACCGAUAACCUGUCGUGCAUGGUCGUUCGCUUCGACAACAAGGCUGUCAGACAGCGCAAGAACGAAAGUGCCAUCGGUGUUGAGGGCGACCCAUUGACUGCUAGAGGCAGUGUCACGGAAGCCGAGGCCAUUGUCGCACAGGCAAGGAAGUCGAUUGGCGACCCACAGCAGUCUGUUGAGAGCGCUGUAGCCAAGAUCAUUCAAGAAGAAGAAGAGAAAGAACCAGGGCCCGAACUGAACCUGGAUGCAGCAAAGGCAGCCCAGAAGAACCCAGCUUAG